UUCACCAAAUCAUCUUUUUUAGAGAAAAACAAAGUAGCUUCUCGCUGUUUUGACCUUCAGUUCCUAAAAGCUCUUUUGAGUGGUUGGUUGGGUACGAACUCUAUAGAUUCACUUACCUUUCUCCAUCCCUUCAGACAAAAAAAUCCCCACCACCAUCAUGUCUUCUUCUCCUUCCUCCUCACCAACCAUGUCCGAUUCCACCUCCCCUCUCCUCCGCCCCCGCCAAUCUCCCCGUCUCCGCCAGCCUCUACUCGCGGCACUCCGAGCUUCCGGUCGGCGAGGAGCUUCGAUGGUUGUAAGAGAGACCGCCGCACAGGAGCUCGAAGACAGACGAGCCGAUUGGGGCUACUCCAAACCCGUCGUGGCUCUCGAUAUGCUUUGGAACACCGCUUUCGUGGUCGUCGCGGCGGUGAUACUUUUUAUCUCCAAGAAUGAGAACCCUAACGUCCCGAUUAGAGUUUGGAUCUGCGGCUACGCGCUUCAGUGUCUUGUCCAUGUGGUGCUUGUGUGGUUGGAGUUUAGGAAGAGGAGGAGCAUGCGUGGUGGUGGGGAUUUGGAAGCUGGUGAAGGCUCUGGUCGUGGUCGUGAUAGCGAUGAUGAAGAUGGCGAUGAGAGGAUCCUCAGCACUAAGACAUGCGAAUCAAUGAACACCAUUGUAUCAUUUGUGUGGUGGAUUGUUGGCUUCUACUGGCUUGUAUCUGGGGGUGAUAUCCUUGUGCAAAACGCUACGCAUUUGUACUGGUUGGCUUUUGUUUUCUUGGCAUUUGAUGUGUUCUUCGCUGUCUUCUGCGUUGUGCUGGCAUGUCUUAUCGGGAUCGCCCUGUGUUGCUGCCUCCCUUGUAUCAUUGCUCUUCUUUAUGCCGUUGCCGGGCAGGAGGGUGCAUCAGAAGCAGAUCUCAGUAUCCUUCCUAAGUACAAGUUUCAGAUGAUGAACAAUGGAGAAAAGCAAAGUGACGGUGGAGGGAAAAUGAUACCCAUGGAGGCAGCAGGCACUGAGUAUUCAGGGAACGAACGAGUCCUUUUGGCAGAAGAUGCUGACUGUUGUAUAUGUUUGAGUUCAUAUGAAGAUGGAACAGAGCUGGUCACACUUCCUUGCAACCACCACUUUCAUUCGACGUGUAUUGUGAAAUGGCUGAAAAUGAAUGCGACAUGUCCAUUGUGUAAGUUCAAUAUUGUCGAAGGUAGUGAACAAGACUGAAGUAGAAGAGAGUAACUGUCUGUCCCAUCUAUUAAGUUGUCUUUGAUCUGUGUUUUUUUUGUUUUUGUAUAGAGUUAGAGAAAUAGAAAAAAUGAUUCUUGUCAUUUGUAAGUCGUAAAAUAAAUGUAACUUUGUUGUCUAUCCCUUCAUUUAUCAAAUAGAGAUGUAUGUUUAUGCCCA